AAUGAGCUAUACAUACAAUCAAUGUUGGCAUUAUUAGACAAGAAAAUUACAUACGCAAGAAAAAAUCUAACUAUCUUACUGAUAAUUCUAAUUCUUCCUAUCUUUUCGAUGCUUCUAAACAUCUUAAGUUACAAUUGGCCAACCGUUUCCACAGAUAUUAUUCCAUUAACUCUUGACAUGUACAGACAUCCCAAAACUUUAUAUUCGUCAAACAACGAAUUAUUUGGUCAGAAAUACAGAGACAUUGUUGAACAUUUCGGUACAGCAGAGCGCAUAGCUUCAAACGCAAGUAUUAUAGAUGCUCUUCUAAAUUUUUCCAUGAAAAAUAUUGUGGAAUACCGAAACAAUCUUAUCGUAUCUGCCGAAUUUAAUGACACUGAAAGUAACGUGACGUGUUCUAAAGGUUUUUAUUCCGGCUCAGCA